AUUGUCAGUGUGGAGGAGCUUCCACCGCUGCUGCUGGCCUGUCUGCCUCCAUUCUGUCGCAUCACCUGUGCCUUCCCCAGUCUCAGUCCACGCAUCGCCACAAUCAUGCUGACCAGUCUUUCCAUGAUAGUUAAUGCCGCUGCUGCGGUCACAAAAGACCAUGAACGCAUGCGGCAGCAGAUGCUGUACCGCCGCAUACGCGAUGGUUCACUAGUCCUCUGCGCGUACCCAAACAUUAGGGUCCAUCGGGAAACCGCAUCUACUAGUGCCGUCAGCCAACCUACCUUUCUUGCGCACGAGCGCUUUCUUGUACUUGAUACGGCUGUGAUCAUACCUGGCCCAGGCGGCCUCAAGGAUGUUAUGGACGGUAUUUCUCCAGGCGUGACGGUUGGCGGCAGCGGAUCUAGAAAGCUCAACCCAUUCUCUUAUCCAGUGACGGUGACCCGAUACUGA